AUGCCUGGUAGAACAAGAACAUUGCCCACCAUUCCUCAGGCCGACGUCGCCUCGCACAACACUGCCAAGUCUUGUUAUGUAACCGUCGGUACAAAGGUCUACGAUAUCACUCCUUUCCUUGAGGAUCACCCCGGUGGUGGUGACCUGAUUGUCGAAUAUGGCGGCAAAGAUGUCAAGGACAUUAUGGACGACACAGCCUCCCACUUCCAUUCAGAAUCUGCUUGGGAGAUUCUCGACGACUAUCUUGUCGGCUUUGUCGCUACCGAGUCUGUCAUGAAAUCCGUUACCGACAGCACCCAUCCGGCCGAUAUUGUACCCCUGCCGCCUUCAGAGACCGGUGCCGAGCAGCUGCGCAAGGACGGUGUCAACCAGCCGCUGUACGAGAACACUGGAAUGUCUUGCGAGGAGGAUUUAUCUAAAGAGACGGACGCUACCUCUGAUUAUCGCACCCACAAAUUCCUUGAUCUUAACAAGCCUCUGUUGAUGCAGGUAUGGAGGGGUGGCUUUACCAAGGACUUCUACCUUGAGCAAGUGCAUCGUCCUCGUCACUACAAGGGCGGAGACAGUGCGCCUCUGUUUGGCAACUUCCUUGAGCCCCUGAGCAAGACCCCUUGGUGGGUAGUGCCCACCGUCUGGGUGCCUCCGGUCGCUUACGGCACCUACCUCUCAAGCCAAGGACUCUCUACCGCUGGCCUGGCUUCUUACUGGAUCAUUGGUCUCUGCAUCUGGACGCUGGUCGAAUACGUCUUGCAUCGCUUCUUGUUCCAUCUGGACCAGUAUCUACCCGACAACCGGGUUGGCCUCACAUUGCAUUUCCUGCUCCAUGGCAUUCACCACUACCUGCCUAUGGAUAGAUUGCGUCUGGUCAUGCCCCCAACCCUUUUCCUUGUUCUUGCCACACCUUUCUGGUAUCUCGCUCACGCUGUCUUUUUCUAUGACUGGAACGCCGCCACUGCAGUCUUCUGUGGUGGUAUCUUUGGAUACAUUUGCUACGAUCUGACUCACUAUUUCUUGCACCACAAGACCCGCUUCUGGGACUGGGUAUUCAAGACCGAGCUGCCCAUGACUCCGCCCAAGGUCAUCAAGACGACUUAA